AUAACCUAGUUGCACGGCGGUGGUAUGAUCCAAACACAAACAACAUGGCGGCUGAUGGUGGCGAGCGUAGCUGUGGAGUACAUGAGUUGAUCUGCGUGAGAAAAGUCUCUCCAGAGGUGCUGGGCUUUCUGACAGCCAUCGGAGUCUUCAUCACUCUCAUGACGCUCAUCUUCUGGUACCUCAACAACAAGUCCAUGCUGGAGAAAGCGGGAAGCCUUCGGUGCCUCGACGACUUCAGGAAGAACACAGACUUGCCAGAAAAUGUUUAUGCUGAUGAGGACCAGCAGGGCUCCUCGUCAGACAGCGAGGAUGAGCUGAUGGGUCAGUACCAGAAAGCCGUCAGUCGAGCCCAAGGUCUCAUGGGGUCCAAGGUGUGCGGGAAUGUCAAACACGCGGCAAGGUUCCGCUGGGAGAGUCGGCAGAAGUACAGCCCACUGACCGCCAAAUAUGACGGCUACUGCAGUGACGCCUCCGCGGAUGACGCCAACUGCAUCCAGAGGAUGAGGCGCACACCCCCCCUGGAUGAACUCCAACCGCCGCCCUACCAGGACGAGAACGGCUCCCCCCGCAUGUCCUGCACCCUCUCAGACCCGGGCGACGCCAAGUGUGAUCUCUCCCAGACCAGCGGCAGCCCCCACCUUUCCUUUCGCAAAUGCACCAGUGAGGGCAGCGACGGCCACGAGUCGGAGAGCUACCUGAACAAGGGCUACGAGGAGGACGUGCCCAGCGACAGCACGGCGGUCCUCAGUCCCGAGGAGAUGUCAGCCCGUGGUUCAGCAGCACAGCUCCUUAAAGGCUACGAACCAGACCCCCACGCCAAGUACGGCACCCUGGACGUGGUCUUUGACUACGAUCCGGAGGAGCAGCAGCUGGCCGUGACCGUCAUGGCGGCCACAGACCUCCCCGUCCUCAAGCACACCGGCAACAUCUCCUGGCAAGUCCACCUGGUGCUGCUGCCCGGCAAAAAGCAGAGGGCAAAGACGGGAAUUCAGAGAGGCCCGUGCCCUCUUUUCACAGAGACCUUCCGCUUCUGCCGCAUGGAGUCCGAGAUGGUCGGCAACUACGCCAUCAGAUUCCGCCUUUACAGCAUGCGGCGGAUGAAGAAGGAGAAAGUGCUGGGGGAGAAUGUCUUCUAUCUCACCAAGCUCAACCUUCAGGGGAAAAUGUCCGUGCCGGUGAUAUUAGACCCGUGCUGCACCUAUCAGGGUGCAGAGUCCCAGGUCAGUGUGUCAGACCUGACCUGCAGUGACUUGUCCUUCCCGUCAGUGAGUCAGACGUCCACACCUGAGAUCCUGGUGGGUCUGGUCUACAACGCCACCACAGGACGUCUCUCAGUGGAGGUCAUCAAGGGCAUCCACUUCAAGAACCUUGCUGCCAACAAGCCACCCAACGGCCUGUUCUGUUGCCUCAAACACUUAAUUGGUGGACAGGUUUAUAUAAUCCGAGACACCUAUGUCAAGCUGACCUUACUCAACUCCAUGGGCCAGGAGAUGUCCAGGUGCAAGACCUCCAUCUGCCGGGGCCAGCCCAACCCCACCUACAAGGAGACCUUCGUCUUCCAGGUGGCCCUCUUCCAGCUCUCCGACGUCACCCUCAUCCUGUCCGUCUACAACAAGCGCAGCAUGAAGCGCAAGGAGAUGAUCGGCUGGAUCUCCCUGGGCCUCAACAGCUCCGGGGAGGAAGAGCUCAGCCACUGGACUCUGAUGAAGGAGUCCAAAGGACAGCAGGUCUGCCGUUGGCACAGUCUCUUGGAGUCCUAGCGGCAGGACUGACUUCACACGUGGUCUCGGCAGGGUAAGGAAUGCAAUCCCUGGAAGUGGGGGGGUGGUGGAAGGAGCACAACCAGGUUCUUGGGUCUGGGUCACAACCAGGUUAUAGGGUACUGAGUCACAACCAGGUGCUUGGGUCUGGGUCACAACCAGGUUCUUGUGUCUGAGUCACAACCAGGUUAUUGUGUCUGGGUCACAACCAGGUUCUUGUGUAUGAGUCACAACCAGGUGCUUGGGUCUGGGUCACAACCAGGUUCUUGUGUCUGGGUCACAACCAGGUGCUUGUAUCUGGGUCACAACCAGAUUCUUGUGUCUGGGUCACAACCAGGUUCUUGUGUCUGAGUCACAGCCAGGUUCUUGUGUCUGGGUCACAACCAGGUUCUUGGGUCUGAGUCACAACCAGGUGCUUGUAUCUGGGUCACAACCAGGUUCUUGUGUAUGAGUCACAACCAGGUGCUUGGGUCCCGGUCACAACCAGGUUCUUGUGUCUGGGUCACAACCAGGUGCUUGUAUCUGGGUCACAACCAGGUUCUUGUAUAUGAGUCACAACCAGGUGCUUGGGUCCGAGUCACAACCAGGUUCUUGUGUCUGGGUCACAACCAGGUGCGUGUAUCUGGGUAACAACCAGAUUCUUGGGUCUGGGUCACAACCAGAUUCUUGGGUCUGGGUCACAACCAGAUUCUUGAGUCUGGGUCACAACCAGGUUCUUGUCUCUGGGUCACAACCAGAUUCUUGGGUCUGGGUCACAACCAGGUGCUUGUAUCUGGGUCACAACCAGAUUCUUGGGUCUGGGUCACAACCAGGUCCUUGUCACCGACAGUGAGGACUAGAAACUGUACAGAAGUCUCGGUGGUGCAUUUUCAGCCAUUUAAAAAGCACACUCUCUCAGAGUAACACCGUCCGGGUGGAAUGUAGGAAAAUACUGCACAGGAAUAUAAAAUAAUACAACAAAUUCAAGGUGAAAUAGUCCCAGACUGGUGUCAUGUUAUGUGGUGCACUAAGUGAGCCAGUCAUCCAGGUCAGGUCUACCGUGUUUUUCUGACUAAAUGCUAAGUGCCUGCUGAGAGGAGCCAUAGUGUCCACGUGUCACUGACUAGUUCUUUUAAUGCAGGGGUGUCUUUACUUUUGGGCUUGGGGGCCACAUUGGACUAAAAAUGUUGUGCCGGAGCCCAAAGCUGAUCUGCAUUCAGUAACAAUAUAUAUAUAUAUAUAUGCCAAAUACGAUAAGGG